AUGUCUCCACGCAUGCGGACACGCGCGCAAAAACGCACCUGUUUUAAUUAGCACGUGCAUGGCUGCCUGGUAAAUUGGCGGUGAAUCGGUGGAUUAGUUCAGAGAGCAUCGAGAUGACUGGCCAGAGCAAUUACGCCGUUGAGUCUGAGACCGUUGAGGGCCAAGAGAAGAAAGCUGUGGUGAAGAGAGGUGGAGUCGUGUCAGCCAUCUUCUGUCGAAUUUCACAGUUUUGGCCAGUCAGGUGUACUAUGCGGGCUCUCCGUGGCUUGUGGUGGCUAUUUGGGUUCUCCGCGCCAGUGAAGGUCAUCUCUCUGGCUCGGGAGGAAAAAAGUGGCUCCCCAAAAGAAAGGCAGUGCAGAACAGUCCGGAAGCGUCUCAACAGGGUCACACGGUUGCUGUUGGCCAUCCUUCCCCGGCGCAUCCAGAGCGCUCUGGGUUAUCCGGUCUGCACCAGCAUUGGCUGUGCUGUGUCCCCUGGUAUGAUUAUCCCUUUUCUUCAGCAGGUGUGUGUUUGUUUGUUUUCCGCUCUAGAGGUGCGUUGUUCCCCUACCAAGCCUUGUGGCAAAGGCAGCAAGAGAAAACAGGAUGACCUGGAUGAGGAAGAGGAGGUAGAGCAGCAGUCCUGGGUGGAGGCGCUCAAUCAGGAGCUGGCUGAGGAAGAUCACGCAGUUGAUCCAGACUAUGAGCCCAGCGCAGUUGAGACCGACAGUGAGGAAUACCGGUCGCACAAUGACACUGAGAGUGACUUGGAAGUAGAGAAGGGUGUCGUGGUGAUCAAAGAUUUGGAGACGGUAGUUCCUCCUCAGGCCUAAUGAUGGCAGUGUGUACUAAUACUAGUAUGCAAAUCAAGAAUAAUGCAACAGUUGCAGAAUGUGUUCGUUGUGUUCGUUCUCUGGCUUUGUUUUUUCUUGUUUUGAUGGCUUCCCAAAUUGCUGCUUGUCUUCAGUUAAUUUUGUAUCUUUUGUGUGUGUGUUUUUCAAUGUUAAACUGCCAAAUAAAAGGAUUUGUAGUACAUCUAGUUUAUUUUAAAGUGUCCUUUGCAGUUUGGCCAAUAGGUGGCAGAUAUCACUUAGAUUUUGAUUGAUGGGUGCAUUAAAAUGGUCAACCUAUUAUUUAUU